AUGGAAACACAGUGCGAUAGUCAAUGUGUUACCUUGGUCAUCUACGAAGUUGAAGAAACACAGCCCCCAGUGUUUGACGAAGAUGAAGAAACGCAAGCACCAGAGCAUUUUGUUAGAGAGAAACCCGAAACGACAAAACAUUUCGAUAGCAAGAAAUCCGAAGAAAAAACACCAGACAUUGUAUCAACGUUCGAAACAGAGAAAUCAGAUCUUGGCACGAAACAGCAAAAUGGUGAUUAUUGUAAACUGGACAUAGGCAACGACUGCUUCGUAGUUGCCAACAAAUUCUGUGGAAAAACACUUAUUCACAUAAGAAUGUACGACACCAGUGAAAGAGGAAAAUUAUAUCCGACAAAAAAAGGAAUCGCUCUCGAUCCUAAUCACUGGAUUAAGCUGUCAUCUUGGUACUACAAAGACGUGGACGAGGCAAUAAAGAAAUAUAAUGGUGGUGAGCACGUAGACGAAAUGAUUCACUUGGGACGUAACAAUUACGUGUCACUGAAGACCGGUUACGCCAGAGUGAACAUUCGCCGGUGGUUUAUGCCAGACCUCGACAAAAGCGAACUGAAAGCCACGCGUGCUGGCGUCGCUUUAACCUUUGAACAAUGGGAACGCUUGAAACUCACCAUGUUGGUAAUGCCAGAUUUCAUUGGAGACAUUCUCGAUAACACAGAACUUUGUGUGAUGAGGGGUGACCAUCAAAACCAGGAAGGAAUGAUGCAGUGUUUUGACUGCAAUCCGAAUCAGAUUCUGCAUUAA